AUGAAAUUGUCGAAUACCGAAAAAUGGUGGCGUAAUGCUGUUCUCUGGGAAUUUUGUGAACUUGACCGAACACAUGAUAACGCAGUGAAUAACGAAGAAUUGGCACGUUUCGUUCGAUCACUUAAAGUACUUGAACAUUGUAUUCAACCGUUUCUGGAUCAUUGUGACACAGACAAUGAUAACAAGAUCUCCUCAGAUGAAUGGGGUACAUGUCUUGGCUUAGACAAGGAAGAUACAACUUUCUUGAAAACAUUCUGUUCACAAUAA